UGCGCACUCACUAGUGUGGUGUCCGCUCUUCUCUGCUCUCUUUUCGCAUUGUUAUUUGACGCAUUUGACGUUUGUUUAUGUAUGUGAUUGGGAAGCAUUCAUAUUUUCCAAGGAGUUGGAUGUUGUAAAAAAUUUGUGCCUCAAAAACAUAAAAAACUUAUAAUAUUUCUUUAUAAGCUCGAAAUUGAUUUGUGCUGUUGUUAUUGUGUUAAAAAAAUCCAUCAGCCAAUCAAAAAUAUUGCAUUUAUCACCUAAUUGCAUACAAAGUGAGGAAUAUGAAAAAUUCGCUCAGCACAACCAAAGAAGAUGAGGCUGAGGGUAAUAGCUGCGAAGAGACGCGUCGUACCGCUCCCCGUUUGUCGCAUAUGGGUCGAGCUUUUUCCGAGAUGUCGCCUCUAAAUCCCGCUUCCACUACUUCCUGCCGAGGUGCUGGCACUACAAUACAUUUUCGCCGCGACUCUGGCCACUAUGGCAACAUUUUCCCCUUUGGAUUUUUACGCACUUCACUGCAAAAGACCGGAAAUUCAAUGCAGCAUCUCAAUCGGUACGGAGAUUCUAUGGGUUCAUUAGCACAUCGAGCGCUCCUACAAUAUGUGGACUCUAAUGACCUAUCCGGUUUGCGCGCUAUCUUAGAUAGUCGGCAUUUAUCCGUCGAUGAUCGUGAUGAGAAUGGCACCACUGGACUUAUGGUUGUUGCUGGACGUGGCUUAACUGUUUUUGUGCGGGAAUUUUUGGCUCGCGGUGCAGAUGUCCAAGCGGAGGACAAUGACAACUGGACAGCACUAUUGUGCGCGGCCAAGAAUGGCCACUUCGAUAUCGUACAAUUGCUUAUCGAUAAUGGUGCAGAUGUUGAGCACCGUGAUAUGGGCGGUUGGACGGCGCUAAUGUGGGCUGCAUAUCGUGGUCAUACCGAUCUGGUGCGCUUUCUGCUGGAGAAGGGCGCAGAUGUGAAUGUGCAUGGCAACUACCAUCUGGGCCCACUUCUUUGGGCUGCCGGUCGUGGCUUCAAGGAGAUUGUUGACCUCUUGGUGCAACGUGGUGCUAAAGUGAAUGUUGGUGAUAAGUAUGGCACGACUGCGCUUGUGUGGGCGUGCCGUAAAGGCAAUGCUGAGAUAGUCGAUACUCUGCUAAAAGCCGGUGCUAAUGUCGACACAGCGGGCAUGUAUUCGUGGACGCCGCUACUGGUGGCCACUUCGGACGGGCACACAGACUGUGUCACUUCGCUGUUGGAGAAGAGACCCAAUGUGAAUGCGCUGGACAAGGAUGGUAUGACGGCGUUGGCGAUUGCGAGCCGUGAGGGCUUCCAGGAAAUUUGCGCUGCUCUAAUCGCCGCUGGUGCAUACAUUAACAUACAAGACCGCGCCGGCGAUACCCCCCUCAUACAUGCCGUUAAAGGCGGGCAUCGUGGCGUCGUUGAGGCACUGCUGAAAAAGCACGCUGACGUCGAUAUUCAAGGCAAGGAUCGAAAAACAGGUAUCUACACGGCGGUGGAGAAGGGUCACACGCAUAUCGUGAAACUACUUUUAUCCACGAAUCCCGAUCUCGAAGCAGCAACCAAAGAUGGUGACACCGCCUUACUGCGUGCCGUGCGUAAUCGUAAUUUAGAAAUCGUGCUAAUGCUGCUCGAUCGCAAAGCAAAAGUAACGGCAAGUGACAAGCGUGGUGACAGCUGCCUGCACAUUGCCAUGCGCGCGCGGUCCAAGGCGAUCGUUGAGGCUUUGCUGCGUAACCCGAAAAACAGUCAACUAUUGUAUAGGGCGAAUAAGGCUGGUGAGACGCCAUACAACAUUGAUACCAUACAUCAAAAGACAAUACUUGGACAGGUAUUCGGUGCUCGGCGACUAAAUACAAAUGAAGACUCGGAAGGCAUGCUCGGCUAUGAACUGUACUCAUCCGCUUUGGCCGAUGUAUUGAGUGAGCCCACGCUAACCACACCCAUUACGGUGGGUUUGUACGCCAAGUGGGGCAGUGGCAAGAGUUUUCUGCUGAACAAACUCCGCGACGAGAUGAACAAUUUCGCACGCCAGUGGGCGGAACCACCCAUAAAGACUAGUGGACUGCUAUUUAUUGUGAAUUUGCACAUCGCUCUGGUGCUAGGCACUAUAGUCGGUUUGUCUUCGUGGUCUGCUAUGUGGGGUACGAUAGCGGCGAUACUUUAUUUAGUUUUGACCUACCUCCUGCUCGCCAGUAUUAAGUACGCUAACAACCACAUGGACGUGUAUUGGGCCUAUUCGGUGCAGCAUGGCAUUAAAAAGCGUAUUGGACGCCUGCGACUUAUUCUACAGGUGGCGUUCUGCCAUCCGCCAGGUGCGCAAGCGGAUGCCCAAGCGAAGCCAGUGCGUUUCCAUUUCGCAGAGGCGAGCAGUGCAUCGCCGACGGGUGAGGGGGCCGUUACACAUAUGUUGGCCGCUCUGUUCGAGGCAAUCGAAUCGCACUAUGGUUGGCUUUCGACGCGGUUGUAUCGCGCUUUUCGCCCCAAAGCGCUGAAAGCGACGUCUGGAUGGCGGUGGCGGCGCAUGUGUUGUAUGCCGAUUGUGAUCAUCUUCGAGCUGGCUUUAUUAACGCUAAUAACGGGUAUCUCACUCGUGGUGGCAUAUUUUACAUAUGCUUCGGACGAUGAACAGGAAAGGAUACUCGUCUCGAUUUAUGUGAUUUGCGCCGUUUUAGUGACUAUUGUCUGCACAAAUUUACAUAUAAUGGCCAAGGCGUUCGGUUCGCUGUUUAUUUCGCAGGGCCGUCAUUUGCGGAGGUCGGUGCGGCAUAAUGAGGGCGCGCCCCUGACCGCGUUGGGAACGGAAGUGGCACUGAUGACAGAUAUGAUUAAGUGCCUCGAUGCCUUUACAAAUCAACAAAGUCGUCUGGUAGGCGUGGUGGAUGCAUUGGACUCCUGCGAUACGGAGCGUAUUCUCUCCGUGCUCAAUGCGAUACAAACACUGCUCUCCUCACCGAAUCGGCCCUUUGUUCUACUCAUCGCUGUCGAUCCACACGUGAUCGCCAAAGCAGCCGAAGCUAACAGUAGACGUCUUUUCACCGAAGGCGGAAUUGGCGGACACGAUUUCCUACGCAACCUCGUACAUUUACCGGUGUAUUUGCAAAAUUCCGGUUUGCGGAAAGUACAACGCGCCCAAAUGACUGCAAUGCUCUUCAAACGUAACUACAGUGAAUUUCCCAACGAAGAUGGGCCGACACUGGGUCAUUCGGUUUCAGCGCGUCGCUUGUCGAAUGCGUCUGAAAUUAUGUCAAGUCAAGAGAAACUGCGUUCGUCACAUAAUCCAGGGCGCAGUGGCGGAAAGAAGUUGCGCUUGUCCGAGUCGGUGGCCAGUUCGAUUGGCUCAAAUCUACAUCGCUUGGGUCAAAAUCCGCAAGGUGUACUCGAUUUGUCGCGUAUGAUGCUAACCGAUGACUACUUCAGCGAUGUGAAUCCGCGUAGCAUGCGGCGACUCAUGAACGUCAUCUACAUAACAGUACGCUUACUGAAAGCAUUCCAAAUAGACUUUAGUUGGUAUCGUUUAAGUUCGUGGAUAAAUUUAACGGAGCAGUGGCCGUUGCGUGCUAGUAUGAUUGUACUGCAGCACGACAACUUCAUGGAUUCCUAUGACGACAAUUUGCCACUACAAGCAGUAUAUGAAAAAGUACGCCCGAAGAUCGCUUGCCUACGCGAAGCUGCGCCUCUACUCGAACUCGAUCGUGAUGAGCGCAAGUUAGACGCCUUUUUACAGUUGCAUAAAUCGGAUUUGCUCGUGGCGGAUUUGCGAAUAUUCCUGCCCUUCACAAUUAAUCUCGACCCAUACUUGAGAAAAGUAUUGAAAGAGGACCAACAAUCAAUCGAGGAUGAAGGCACGCUAAUGCUGCAAAAUAAGCCUAGUGUUAACACUGCCGUACGCAUACCCCCACCAACGCCUACGUAUGUGCCUUCACCUGCUGUUUACCCACCAUAUCAACUAUUCCACAACGAUUAUGAGAUGAGACAUCGAAAUCCCAGUACGAUCUCGGAGAGUGCAUUAACGCCCUUGAUCGGGUCGCCAAGUGAAUCUUUCGCCGAUGACGUGCUGCAGACAAAAUUGUCCGACCUAACUGUGGAAGGUGUUAUAAGCCUAAUCGAACGUGUGGAUGAUCUGCGUCCCGCUUUACCCAAAUUGUCACCAAUUCUCAGAGAAAAUGCGAUUAAUGGACGCGUACUGAAGUACUGCGAUAUUAACGAUCUGAAAGGGGUUUUAGGUCUUAAUUUUGGUCACUGGGAGUUGUUCCGGUUGCUUAUAAACACGCUGCGAGACUGCGAGAAAAUGCAACGCAAAUUCAAGCCAACACCUGCGAUAGCCGAUGUGCCAGCAGCAGCAAACACAGCGGCGCCCAAAGACACCACAGAUACACAUACCCUGGCGCCUAGUCAGCCGCAUUCACGCAAAAAUUCCACCACCAGUCACAUGGAAAAACAGGUUACGCUCGAGGAACAAAUGAUUUGUGGCGCUCUGCAAACCCUCAACGAGGAGGCUUUCGAAGAUGUGGCUAGCAGUGAACGACCCAGUCCAUCGGGUUUGCCUACAGGUGAGAUGUUAGCUGCAGCUGCACAACUGCAAUUAGCGCCUAUACGCGAGUCAUCGGAAUUUGGUUCACCAUCCGAUGACCUCAAAUUUAAUCACUUCCUACAGUAUGCCAACAAUAACAACUACGGCAAUUUUCACACACAACAGCACAAUCAUAGUGGCAGCACGCAUUCGCUGCAGAGUAUUGGUAUUGGUGGUGGUGGUGGUGGUGUUGUUGGUGUUAAUAGCGGUAUUCAUAUGGGCAAUGGAGGCAGUGGCGUAUUACUUAGUGGCGUUAAUAAUACUGGUAGUGGUGGUGGAAUUGGUGGAAGUGGUGGGGUUAGUAGUGAUAUUUAUAAAUUGCGUCAUAGUAUUGUUGGUGAUGCCAGCACCCAGGCAGCUGUUCAGAUGCUAACAACUGGUGGUCAUAGUCACAGCCGCAAUCAGCGCCAUCAUUCGGUCGGCGACGAUUUACUCUAUGACACGCUAACACCGCAAAUGCGAUCACCUGUACAGCAACAGUAUCAGCAACAGCAACAACAACAACAGCGUAAUACAGUACCAACAGUUGUUGUGAUUCCAAAUACGAAUGGCGACCAUGACAUCAACGAUACGUCUCUAUAGAAACCCAAUGAAUAGAAGUGAAAUUAGAAAUUUCGAAAUAUCGCAAUUUUAUGCCAUAUUUUAGCGCCACAAACAUGCAACUUAUAUUUGACUAAACUCUAUAUACCAUAUUUGUAUUGUACGACAACCGUCACGACCCAAACAGCACGACCGCGCAUUCAUUUUUGGCACACCAAACAAUCACUCACACAUACUUAUAUAUUGUACAUAGAUGUUUGCUAGUACACUUAAUGUCGAUAAUUAGUUAGCUUCUCAUAGUGAAUAUUUGAAGUCGAGCUGGAACGUUUUAAAUUGCAAGUACUCUAUAGAGAGUUUUAGUGUAAUGUGACUUGAGUGUUGGCAGUCAGCAACGUCCUGUUCAAUGUCGACAUGUGCUAUACGUUCGACAUUUUUAUGCAAAAUCUUGGGUGAAUAUUUUCUUCUUUACUCAUCAAUAGGGUACUAAAUACUACAUUUUAACUUAAACACAAUACAUUGCCAUUUUAUAAUAGUUACUUAAAAAUGGUUAACUAUAAAUUUCACUUUCCGGCUAACAAACUGAAUGUGGUACCUUCAAACCACAACCAUUGUGCCGUCAGAAAGAUAGUACAGCACUGAAAAUGAUUCACUAAUACAUGCAUACAAAUUAUUUUAUAAUCUCACGACAUACCAUAUUGGCGGCGACCGAUAAGUUCGCGGCCUAAGGUGCUAAAUGAAUGAAAAGUAUGGUGUUUUUUAUGUAUAUAUAAAUAUUUUUUGUUUUUCAAUGUAGUGCCCUCAAAUGCAAUACACUUGUCGUAAAAUCUUUGUUCCCUGAUUUAUUUAGCUUAUUUUUUAAAUUUGAAAAAAAGGGAACAGUCAGUGGGAGCCAAGUCGGGACUGUAAGAUGGUUGGCCAACUUGGGUGAUUCCUAUAGCUUUUAAUGCAUCGCUCGCCACUUUCCAAUCGUCGCUGCUUGUCGAGUGCUGUUAAUAUUCGCGGUACCCAACACGCGCUUACUUUUUCAUGUGCAAAUCUUCAUAUAAACCCUUUCAAAUUUGUGCUUUGCUUAUCUCUUCAUCUGUAGUUCUUCUGUUAUCAGCUACAAUAUAAUUUUUCGAUCGGCCAAUACUCAUUUUUCGGCUUUUUUGUCAUUUUCUUUGGCUCCCACCUUCGCAGGAGGGCGAGUUCGAGUUCGGUGUCGAUCACCCACAACCUCUUCUCGGGCGCAUCUCAAUAGAGAUUGGCUACAUCGCCGUGUUGCAAAUUAGUGCAAUUAUAUGUAUAUCGAGCAUAGGAAAAUUUGAAAGUUGAUUGUUUGAUUGUUGUAAUAACUACAACAAAAUACUGCGUAUCACAUAAAUUUUACCCCAUGAGCGCCUAGCGCGGGCUAAACUAGAAGAAAACAAAUCGGUUAAUUUCAAAAGAAAUAAGAAAGGUUAUGCAGAAGUGAUCUGUUUGAGCUAUUAAGAAGUUUCAAAAUUAUAAAUUUGCUUAGGUAAUGAAUUUUUGGACACGACUAGAGUAAAUUUAUACUCCACUUGUCUUUUAGAACAGUGCGGAAGUGCAUGGUUUGUCUGCCUUUUGAUACUGAAAAUCAUGCUGAGUUAUUUUUAUUACAAUUAGGAGGCUUAAAAAUAAAUAAAUAAAUAAUUGGCGCGUACACUUCUGUUAGCUGUUUGGCCGAGCUCAUCCUCCUAUUUGUGGUGUGCGUCUUGAUGUUGUUCCACAAAUGGAGGGACCUACAGUUUCAAGCCGACUCCGAACGGCAGAUAUUUUUAUGACGAGCUUUUUCAUGUCAGAAAUGUACUCGGCGGCUUGACAUUGCCUGCCGAGGGGCGACCGCUAUUAGAAAAAACGUUUUCUAUCAUUAGAAGGCUUGAGUACGUCAAAUACUAUUAGUGGAUUCUCUGAGACUCGGACCGAUUGGUGGGAGAGGUUCAUCAAAUUUUCAAUCACAUUCCAUUUAGGCCAUUGCGGACAUUCUUAUACCUUCAUACGCAUAUGAUUAUAAAAAAUUGCACGAUCAUUUACUGCAUGCAAAAUGCAAUUGUAGCUCACAAUUUCAUGUCGAUGAGCAAAUACAAUUUGUUUUUAAAUAUUUGUCUAUGGUGCUGAUUUUUAUUAAGCUUGAAUGUUCAGCAUUUUCACGGCUAAUGAGAGGCAAUUUUUUUUAUAUUACCCAGAAUAUUUUUUUCUUGACCUUUAUACAUACCAACUCCAUACAUAUAACAAACAUAUUUUAACAGUAUUUUUUAUUGACUUGAACUAAUUCAGUAUUUUUAUUCUUUACGAAUUUAUGGCCACACGUUCACACAAUCACCACACACAUACCCACAUACACGCCUGUUAUACCUAACAUCCGAAUUAUUCAACUACAUUCUGUUGCACACAAAUGUUUAUUACUAAUAUAUACAUACAUACAUAUAUCAGCAUAUAAAUUUCUUAAGAAUCCACAUACUGUAAUUGUAGUUCAGCGAUGUUUAAAUUUGCAUCUAGAAAAUGAAUCAGAAAUCGCUUAACAACUUGCGUAAAAGUGCAUGUUUAAAUGUUUAAGUAAAGAAGAAGUUCGUAAAAUAUGAGCAUAUACAUAUAUGUAGUAGGUAUAUAAAUGAGAAAUAUAUUACAAAAAUAUUAUAAAAGAUAGAAAAUAGAUACUAACUAUUGGUAGAGUCACACAUCAACAAUUCUGUAACUAACGUUAGAGCGAACAAAAAACUAUUUAGUAGCAUAUUAUAUACAAAAUAUACUAAUGUAGAAGCAUAUUCUUGCUUUUCUGGUAAAAAGUAAAAAGUAAAAUAAUAAUAAAAAGCAAUUAAAAAUGGUUAAAGGAAAAGUAAAUAAAUUGUGUUAUAGAAACUUAAACCUAGAAUUUAUCAAAAUAAUACAAUACGGACGAUAAAAGUAACAAUAUAUUAUAACAACAAAAUUAGCAAGAAAAAUAAAAACAUUGAAUAAAUCAUGCAGCGCUUUGUGUUAGUUUCAUUAUUUGGGCGAAUUGCUGAAAAUACUCUGCUGAUGCAAUUAAAACUCAUUAACCAUUACUAUUAUAGUACUCAUAUUCGUUGCUUAUUGCAGUUUUGGCUUUGUGAAGCUGCGCUGCCUUUAGCAUUUGUCGCAUUUUUCCGUGUUGGUAUUGGUGUUGGUGUUGGGCGUUUUACAUUUGCUCGCUGCAUACAUUUUGCGCUGGCGUUUCUUUACGG